AUUUUAGCUUGGUUGGCAACUCCCCUGGAGUUGCUCUUCUGCCGCUCUCUGCCUUGCCCCUCCACCCGCCCCUCCCGCCGCGAGAUCCGGCUCCGCUCGCAGAAGCUUCUCGAACGCCCGUUCCAUGAGCGUCAGAUCGGCCGUCGCCAUGGGCUGCGCUGGAUCCACUCCCAAAGUCGAUGAGAACAGUAAGAAGCUGAAAAAGCCCAAGGCUUGGAAGCACACUCAGCCAAUUACACCAGCACAACUGAAACAGAUGCGUGAUGAAUUCUGGGACACGGCUCCGCAUUAUGGUGGCCAAAAAGAGAUUUGGGAUGCUCUUAAAGUUGCUGCAGAAUCUGAUUUAGCCCUUGCACAAACCAUAGUGGACAGUGCUGGGAUCAUCGUUUCAAAUCCUGACAUGACGCUUUGCUACGACGAGAGAGGUGCCAAGUACGAGCUGCCGAAGUAUGUUUUGAGCGAGCCAACAAAUUUGAUCCGCCAAGGUUGAACGUUCAUUUGGUCGCUGAUUCUCGAUUGUAACUUUCGGAGACAAUGAACCUCCUUUUAGCACUGUAUAGUAAUCUUAUUGGUCACGUUGUAGACCUGCCACUGAAAUCGCUUAUACAUGGCAGUGCUGACUUUGCUGCAUAUAUACAACAGCUCCAUCAGUUGCACUUGAA